AGGCGCAGUUCCUAAGCAGUGAUUUCCAAGCCCCACACAAAUAGCAAGGUUUUCACAGGAUGAUGUGUGAAUGUGGGAGCGCAGAGGCAGAGGGGAGUCAGCAGCCCGCACAGCAGCCGUGGCAAGCCGGCUCUCUGAACACGAUGUCUGCACCUCCUGCCAGCAAUGGUGUGUUCGUUGUCAUCCCGCCCAGCAACGCCAGCGGCCUCCGCCCUCCUCCAGCCAUUCUGCCCACCUCCAUGUGCCAGCCUCCAGGGAUCAUGCAGUUCGAAGAGUCACCGCUGGGGGCGCAGGCGCCCAGAGCUACUCAACCACCUGAUCUUAGACCAAUGGAGACUUUCUUGACCGGAGAACCCAAAGCUUUAGGGACGGUGCAGAUCCUGAUCGGCCUCAUCCACCUUGGCUUUGGCAGCGUCCUGCUUAUGGUUCGCCGCGGCCACCUGGGGAUGCUCUUCAUCGAAGGUGGCGUCCCCUUCUGGGGAGGAGCUUGUUUUAUCAUCUCUGGGUCCCUCUCCGUAGCAGCUGAGAGGAACCACACCAGUUGCCUGUUGAAGAGCAGUCUGGGAACCAACAUCCUCAGUGCCAUGGCAGCCUUCGCGGGGACAGCCAUUCUUCUCAUGGACUUUGGUGUCACUAACUGGGAUGUGGGCAGGGGCUACCUUGCCGUGUUGACCAUCUUCACCAUCCUGGAGUUCUUCAUCGCUGUCAUUGCCACCCACUUUGGGUGCCAAGCCACCCGUGCUCAAACUAACGCAUCUGUGAUUUUCCUACCCAAUGCCUUCGGCACGGAUUUCAACAUCCCCAGCCCAGCAGUCUCUCCACCCCCUGCCUAUGACAACGUGGCAUAUAUGCCCAAGGAGUCAUCAGAAUAGGAGAUUGAAGUUCUGCAGGUUGAAGUCCAGGCUUCCCACUCUACCCACCCUCUCUUUGUCCGUUCUGAGGCAGCGGUUCCCCAGCGAGGCUCUCCAAGCCACGUGCACUGUGUCACUGAGUGAAGUGUUCCAUCCGUUUCCAAAUUCCUUUAGUAGUGUCUUUCCAAAAAAGGCAUAAAGCUGGUGUCCAGGGUGUGUCCAUCCUCAUCCCUGUCACCUGACAGAGACGUCCUGUACACUCCUCUGCAGUCCUCUGCUCAUCGUGGGAAAUUUUGCCUUUGCAGAGGUUUCAGAGGUUUGCCUUCGAGAUCAUUAAGCACGGAGAACUCAGAAUGUUUCAGAAUAGAAUGGCAUUUCAGAGGCUCGGAGCUCUGGCCCUACCACACAGCAAGACCUGACCUCCAGGCUCCUAACUCCCAAGUCCAGCUCUGUCCUUUGUCACCUGCUGUUACAUCUUUGGGUUUUCAUUUUCCCACCCGGAACUAAAGUGCUAAACCACACCACAUAAGACUAAUCUAGCACCUCUUGGCUAAGCCCUGCAUUUCUCUUCUCCACCCCAGAACCUCCUUCUCCUUAUUUGUGACAGAAGAUUGGUAUUGACUCUGGCUCUGCCCACCUACUAGGACAGGAGGCUGCAGAGGAGACUGAACCACUCCAUACGCCCCCGACCCUGCCUGAAAAGCAGGCAUGCCCCUGAGAGUUACCAUGGGAACAGGCUGGGACCCCAUAGGAAUAAGAAGACACCUCCAGUCCAGUGUUCACAGGCCCUGACAUAUGGCUUGUAUCAUCUAUACUUCGGAGAAAAAUAAACAG